AAAACCCUCUCAAAAGUGCAAAAAAGAAAAGAAAAGCAAGCAAACAAACAAACAAAAGAAAACGCCCAAAACCAAAACCCAAACAAACUCUCUCACUCACUCACUUCCUUCCAAUUUCAAAAAAACUGCACCAAACUCAUAGAUAAGGAAUCACACCGCACUACAACACCAACAAGAAGAAGAGAGAGAAAGUUAUAUAGAGAGAGAGAGCGAGCGAGCCUGAGGGGUUGACUCAAAUGGCUAACCUGAGGACGGCGAUGGACUCAGCAUUUUGGAACCAAGACAUUGCGAGUCCACAAACCCUAGAUGGCACUGCUCGGUCCAUACCCGGCGAGCCCUUCCCGGUCGACGGUGCUCGAGGCAGCCGAGCACUCAGGAUUCAACAGCUCUCGCUUCUGGGCAAUGGCUUUCCUCUAGGUAUUAUACCUUCUUAUGCCCCUACUGCUCACAAGGAGUUGGGUUCUUUCUCUCUCCAGUCUCUCUUGCUCAGACAAAACUUCUCUAACUGGUGGGUUGGAUUAAUUGCACAAUUCCGUCCGAAAAAAUUAAUAUCUUCCAUUAAAGAAGAAGUGGCUAGCAUGGAUGAGUGGGAGCUGCUUGCAAUUAAAGAUGUUGCCAAGCACUUUUUGGACAAGUCACUUUAUUCUCUCGGCCUCUGCUCACAGUUUUCUCUGAAUUCCUCAUCAUCCUUAUUGUUGAGUACAGAAGCACAUGGGGAGAAGAAGGGUCGCCGCACCAAGGCCAUGCUUUUUCAUAAGCUUCCUAAUCAUGAUAUUACAAUGGAGGCAGCAUGGCCUGGACUGUUCAUAGAUCGUAAUGGAAAAUAUUGGGAUGUUCCUGAAUCAAUUUCAUUGGAUUGCUGUUCCCUUGUUUCAGAAUCUGGGUUACGAUAUCGUUUUGGUAUACACAAAAAUAGUGGUCAUCCCAAGGCUGUUAAUUCUAUUAAUGGCGAGGCACCUCUUGCCUUAAUGCAUGGAUUAUGUGCAAAGGCUGCAUUCUCUUAUGAGAAGAGCAAGGACAUUUGGAGGCAGAAGGAGACGAAAAAGGAUCUCAUUGAGGAGACAGACAAGGGUCAAUUCUGGAGGCCUUCGUACGAUAUUCGUUUAAAAGAACCUCAUUCAGCAAUAUCUGGAAUUAUCGGUGGUACCUGUGGAGCCUGGUUUUGGGGCAGGGACAGCUCAGUUGCUGUUGAGUCAAGUGGAGCUGGGGACAGCAUUCCUCUGGGUGUUAGGAAUAGAACACCUUUCACUGCUGAUUUAUUUGGCUCAGUUUGCUACACUUUCCAACGUGGGAGCUUCAGGACGUUAUACGGGGACCUCACUCGGAUAGAUGCUCGCCUGGAUAUCUGCUCAGCUUUGGCUUUAGCCAAAAAGGUUUCCAACAUUUUCAGUAGUUCUUCAGUUACAAAUGCAGAAAAUGCACCGCCUUCCCCAAAGCUCAAUUUGAUCUUUCAACAGCAGGUUGCAGGGCCAAUUGUCUUUCGAGUAGAUUCCAAGUUGUCGCUUGAUUCAUCAUCUGGAAGACGCAGGCCACAAGUGGAGGAUCUCAUAUAUAGCUUGAAUUACUCUUUGAGGCUCCUACAAUCUGGGAAAGUGGUAGCAUGGUAUUCUCCAAAAAGGAAAGAAGGGAUGAUUGAGUUGCGCCUCUUUGAGUUCUAACCCCCACCCCCCUCCACCUCUCUCUCUCUCUCUCGUCCAGUAAUGAUUGUUUUUUCUUGCACGCUACAUAUAUUUCAAUGAGGGAAAUUUAUUGCAGAAAGCAAUUUUUUGAAUUUUAUCUGCAUGAAUAUGGUUUGCCGAAAAGUUGUUUUUUGGCAUUAGGUUUGAUCUGAAUGUUACCAGAACAUGAAUGUUGUGAUAUACAAAAACAAAAUGAAAAAGGUAUGUAGUAUGCUAUUUAUUUUGGAACAGGUUAGCACGAGGUAGCCCUUAGUUGUAAAAUCACAAUCUUGUUUUUGGAAGCUGAUUUAAUCUUGUUAUUGUGAUUUGUAUUGCUAA